CAACGUGCCAUGCCUUCUUGGCCGCUUGGGACGGAUUUCCUUGGCCUACCCUUGUCCCUCGGCAGCUCUCCGCAAUCAAUGAUGAGCUGAUCGCGCGGGCACGAGACAAGCUAUCGUGAAUGCAACCGCACAGAUGCCCAUGCUCCCACCAUCCAUUCACGGCAACCAGCCAGCCAGCUGCCCAGAUAGGAAGGUUGUUAGCUCUGUUGCUGGGCACAUCACUAGCCGAAACCAAUCACGCCCAGUGCUACUCACUCUCACGUUAUCCCAUGAGUACGGCGUGCCGACCGUUCCCCUUGCACCUCUGGUUCUGGUCCGUUUCUCGAAAGGCGGGUUGUGGGCCUGGUGUUUGUUUGCUUAUCUGCUAGCCUUGUUCAGGCGAAGCCCCCGGUGUGGCGGAUUCUUCUGUUUCUUCUGUUUGGUCUGCAUUCUUUGCAUUCUCUGGGCACUGUGUCGGGUCGCGCGCGAGAGCAGGAAAAGGCAGGUGGUUUAGGUAACAACUGAAUAAUUCACUGGCGACCAUCUCCCUAAUUGUCAUUGGGUACUAUCCUGAAGAUGAUGUCUUCACACUUUCCUCGGGUCCUGGCCUCCCGUACACAUGGAUGGAGGCUACAGCUGCGGAGAUCUACUGCGCACCGAUCCUCCAAUGGGUAGCAGACAUAUAUUGCGUGCAUAUUACGGAUUUUUAAAUAGACCUUUGAGAAGCGGGGGUCCCGAUCACGAUAACACAUACUCAGCCAGCAGCAGUCGGUUACACGCUUGACACUUUCCCCCAACCAUGAUCACUCCAUCAUUGAACAAACACCCCGCACAAAUACAUCUCACGCGAGCAUAUGCGCUCCCAAGGCCACAAGCCCGCAAGCCUUCCAGCCUCCCUUCUGCCCCUAUUGCUUAUCGCUUUGCCACGCCUUCUCCGGCACUAUUCCGCAACCAGCAUAGCCCAAACGUGCGCGCUACUAUUACCGCAAUUGCCGCUACC